GCCUUCGAAAUGCGGGUUCGAACACUCGCCACUCCCCGGUUGGCUGAACCGUCAGUACUACACCGCGCUAAAGAGUUAAAUGCUGGUCUAAUCUCCGGCUGUGCUCACCUAACGGCGGAUGAUGCCGCAACGAUCGUCGCUUAUCAUCAUCUCCAGUCCGCUGCCCGCCGCCCACUGCCCAGGUUCUGCGCGAACUAGAAUGAUCCCCAAUGGGUAUCGAUUAUAAACGACCCUAAGCGUGUCCCCCUCUCCGGCGUUAGCCUGCCUUCGUUGCUUUUUCCAUAACCUGUCUUCCACAACGCUUCUGCGUCCCUUCGGUGGCCCUGUUAGCCUGCUACUUGCCUUGUCGACUGUCGCACCACUUACGGGACCCCGCACCCCGGGUCAUCUCCACCGUAUUUGCUAGGACCAGCUGGUACCUGCACCCGUGAGUUGGCUGACCGUUGCUUCGGAUCAAGUAUGGAGCCUCCCUCGAAGAAUCGCACCCGCAAAACCCCGCCGGUUUCCGCCGCAGCUCCGCGGAAAAGGCGCAAGAGGACGGUCGUGAGUCAAGCGGCAGAUGAUUGCUUCACCUGCGCCCGACAGGGUACCCCAUGCGACCGACGGCGCCCGUUUUGUUCUCAGUGCUUGGAUGGCGGCCGCAGUUGCGCAGGAUAUAAGACGGCGUUGACAUGGGGCGUCGGAGUGGCCAGUCGGGGAAAGCUCCGCGGAUUGUCUCUCCCGGUGACUGGGGCGCAGCCUGCGGUCGCUCCGCCAAAGCCUCAUCGUGCGACGACGCCACGAGCCGGGGUCCAGUCGAAGCAAGGUACCAAUUCAGCCGCAGAUAAGUCCCGACUUGGGAAACGGCGUUCUGGGACUACCUCCAUGAUCGCGCCCCCUUCGCCAGUGAGAUCGUGCUCUCCCGUUAACGCAGCCAUCUGCGAUCCUUUCUUAGCAUACUCAUCGCCGGGUUCGAUGACACAGCGCCAUUCAACUCCGACUGUAUCGAAUAUCGACACAACAGAAACAUGGAUGAGUUCAGUAGAAUCCCCGGGAACCACACAGUGCUUCUGGCCUGCACCUAUUUCAAAGCAAGAAUCGGAGAGCGGGUCGGACGAACCCUUAUGUCCAGAAGGCGUUCCCCCGUGGACUGCCUUUCAGCCGCCAUCGUUGUCUCAGCAGCUGUUGGCGCGUUCUGUGGGGCGUACACCACGCCUGCGGUACCUGAUUAGCUAUUACGCUGAAGUCAUUGCUCCGAUGAUCGUGGCAUUUGAUAGUCCAACCAACCCUUUCCGGACGUAUAUCCUUCGCUUGGCGCAAGAAAGCAUAUCCCUCCAGGAGGCCAUCGCCACGCUAGCCAGUUGCAAUCUGCGACAGCGACGUCAGCGGGGAAUUAGGUCAACAGAGCGGACUAUGCCAGCGCGCAUGUCCUCCCUGGCCCACCAAGCUCUGACUGAUGAAGCCUUUCAAGAUCGCUCCGGUAGUUCUGUUCCUGGAGGGCCGGCUCAGGAGGAACAGUAUCAUCGGGGCAUGGCAGUCACGGCGCUGAAUCGGGAAUUGGCGGACUCGCGCCAGAGGCUCUCUGAUUCGGUCCUUGCCACCUUACUCAUCCUCUGCCUCUUUCACGGCUGUGAUACCGGCGUCGCGCAGUUCAAAACGCAGUUUGCCGGGGUGACCAAGUUGCUGGCCAUCCGACUGUGCAAUUCGCCUUGUAUGACGGACGAACUGAAGUGGUUCGUUCGCAUGUUCACUUGGUUUGAUACGAUGACCGCUACCACGAAUGACCGCGAGGUGCAGCUUCGUGGCGCUUGCUUAGAUAUCACUGCCGUCUCCGAUGGCGAAUGGGGUCUGGAGAAUGUGGCGGGAUGCGAUGCCGGCCUGUUCAGAUUCGUGGCGCAGCUAGGCCGUUUGAACCUCCUGAGUCAGAAUCAAGAGGUCCGCACCUCCACGCCACCAGACAUCCAGAUGCCAUCGACUACACUUCCGCCCUCGAUGGCGUUCUGCUCGCCGGAUAUGCCGGGCCUCUCUUCCGUACCUUGUGCGUUUCCGUUGCCACCGUCUAGUGGUUGUGACCGGGUACCACUGUCACCAGCAUUUUGGGCUGAAUGGUAUUCGCUCCGACAGAAGCUGGAGUCCUGGCGGUUUGUCCCCGGCCGCCAACACGCGGGAUCCCCGUUUUCCAGUUACCCCUACAUCUCGCCACCCUCGUCACCGUCGGAUCAGUCAGUGGUCGCGCCUCACCAUCUGAAAGACGUCAUUCACACCUCCGAGUCAUUCCGCCAUUCGGCGAUCCUGUACAGUGAGCGACUGGCCUAUCCAGAUCUGCCGUCCAGUCACCCUCGUAUCCAGACCAUUGUGCAACGCGCCAUGAGUCACAUUCUCUCUGUCCAAUGCGACGCGUAUCUCCUAUGGCCACUGUUUGUGACAGGGUCCGAGUGCGUGCUUGCCGAUCACCGCGCCAUUAUCCGCCAGCGCUGCAAAGACCUGUCCAGAGACUCUGGGUUCUUCAACAACCUCUCGUGUCUAGAGCUACUGGAGAGGAUCUGGGCCGAGAACCCUGGCACUCCCGAUCUGCAAGUAGCCGACAGGCCUGUGAAUGAUGCAGGAUUAGUUUCGCCCGAAGGCUGGGCUCUCCCGGAUGAGGCUUUUAUGUCGAUCGCACAGGCCACUGUCUCGCGGAAGCAGGGCUUCCGCUGGCACGACGCCAUGCAGACCAAACGAGAGCAGGGCGAGUACAUGACGGUAUGGAUCAUGAUCCGGUCCAUGAGUAAGGAUGUACCGAAGGUUUGGGCGCGUGUCAAGCGCUCAUUUGUGGGGUUGGCUGAGGGAAUGAUGGUGGUAAAAUAA